AUAUGGCUGGAUGAUGUACAGUGCGAUGGAACAGAGACGACAAUCUUUGCCUGCUCCAACUCAGGCUGGGGUAACCAUAACUGCCUCCAUUCCGAGGACGCCUCAGCCAUAUGUACCGCCAUCCCAGUUAACCCCAACCCUGUCCAGCUAAUCGACGGACCAUCCAUCAACGAAGGCCGGCUCCAGAUCUACUACAACAACGAAUGGGGGACGGUUUGCGACGAUCGGUGGGGGUUAGACGAAGCCAGCGUCGUCUGCAAGUCCCUGGGGUUCCCCGGAGCCGAUGGGCACAAAUACCUCCUCCAUGACUAUGGUCCGGGCUCGGGACACAUCUGGUUGGACGACGUCGUCUGUACUGGGGAGGAGUUCUUCAUACAGGACUGUAACCAUGGUGACAUUGGCGAGAACAACUGUGCCCACUACGAGGACGUCGGACUUCGCUGCCUGCCCAACACUCUUAAAGUUCGUCUGGUGAAUGGAGGCAACGUGUCCUCGGGGCGAGUGGAGGUCCAAUACAACGAUGAGGAGUGGGGAACAAUCUGUGACGACAGGUACCACAGUAUGGGUGUAUGGAAGUAUAUAAUAUGGGAAUGGGUGUACGGAUGUGUGGGAAUGAGUGUAUGCAAGUAUGUAAUAUGGGAAUGGGUGUACGGAUGUGUGGGAAUGAGUGUAUGGAAGUAUGUAAUAUGGGAAUGGGUGUACGGAUGUGUGAGAAUGAGUGUAUGGAAGUAUAUAUGUAAUAUGGGAAUGGGUGUACGGAUGUGUGAGAAUGAGUGUAUGGAAGUAUGUAAUAUGGGAAUGGGUGUACGGAUGUGUGAGAAU